GAGCUCUCACUCAUUUGCCAAUCAGCAACAGAGAGUGCAACGUCUCGUCUCGUUGAUCGUGUGUGGUAAAACUUUCGCGACCGCGUAACGUAAGCGUAAUGGCGUAUUGCGACGUGUAGUAGUGCUACUUGGAUCGAAGUGUGUUCGUGGAAAAAAUCGUACUUUUCGGGAAGAUCCCGGCUGAAUUGAACGGGGUGUUUUGUGAUUCCGCAGAGCCGUAACCUUUGUGACCGGAUUCGGUUCGGUUUGGAAGUUUGAAAGUGCGUAAGGAAUGUGAAAAAUUGUGUGGUUGCCACUUCUUGGCUGUGACGCAGUCGUUUUUUUCCCGUCGUCGUCGUCUUGGAAGAGCAAAAUAGAAAAUUCCUGCAGCAUAAGCGAAGAAGAACUGCUGCGUGAGACGGCCCCGGAUCGAAGCUGCUUUGGGGAUUUGGAUUGGGGAGGUGACUUCGGAAACUGGCUGUGCAGCUGCUGUUGCUGAAGGGAGACCAUUAGGCUGGCGAAAAUGUCGUCGAUCGUCGAUAUCAUCAAGCAUUAUCAGAAGAGCAUUGACAAGUCGCUGAACGAUGAGGCGAGGCUCGUCCAUUGCAUCGGUAAGCUGUACCGACUUCCGGUAUCGGUGCAACACCUGAAGGACACGGGUAUCGGCCGUACGGUCAAUGGUCUCCGCAAGUACGACGGUGAGGUGGGGGUCGCCGCCAAGGCCCUGGUAAGCAAAUGGAAGAAUAUGGUUGCAGCCGAGGAGUCGGACACCGGUGAACCCGAUUCGCAGCAUCACCAGGACGAGGAGGAUCACGAGGAACAGCAAGAUGAAGAUAAUUACGAUGAAUCACGGCUUCAAGUGGAUGAAGAUCACCAUAGUGAUGAUCACCAGGAAGUGAACGCCGAAGAUGAGGAGGACGAGGAAGAGGAACAGCACCACCCGGAAGAGGAAUCCGAUAAUCAGGAAGAGUUACAAGAACAGCAGCCACGGCAAGAGGUAAAGAAUGACCGUGACAGUGACCAUCGUAGAGAGAAAAGUUCCCAUCGUGAUUCGGAUCGCCACCAUGGUAGUGGCAGCAGUGGCAAGCACAAAAGUGACCGACACAGUUCGUCCGGUUCGAAGGACAGCAGUCGAUCCCGGGAUCACCACGAUAAGCAUCGUGAUGGGGACCAAAGCAAGCAUCACAGCUCCAGCAAAAAGAGUCACUCGUCACCGUCAUCGAGUUCGUCUUCGUCGAGGAAAUCAUCCAGCCAUGGAGAUGAAGGAAAGGAUAGGAAAGACAAGCACAGUAGCAGCAGUAGUAGUAGGAAAGAGUCUAGUCACACGAAUGGUAAGGAAAGCAGUCACAGUUGUAGCAGUAAAGACAAAACCAGCGAUAAGCAUCACUCAAGCAAGUCGUCGAAGGAAGGACUGAAUGGGUAUACGAAGGAGAGCGAUAGCCUGAAGCGCAAGAGAGUUUCGGAGGAUGAAGAAGAUAGUGCUGUGAAAAAAUCCAAGAAGGAGCAUACCAGUGAGAGUAGAAGUAAAACUAGUAGCAGUAGUAGUAAGGAUCGAUCUAGCAGUAAGUCUUCCAGUAGCGGAAGUAGUAAAGAGAAAGACAAGAAAUCCUCCUCUGAGAAAAAGAAGGAAUCUUCGUCGUCGUCUUCAAAAAAGAAGAAGAAGGAGCAUCAAUCUCCGGAAAAUGUCGACGACGAGGAAAAGGAUGAAGGGAGUGAGUUUGACAAUGGCGGAGGUGCAAGCUUCGCGGAUGCCUUAGCUAUGAUCGGAAUGCCGUCGUCGUCUAAGAAAAAAUCCUCCAGCAAAGGAAGCGCAGAUAAGGUUAAGAUAUCCACCAGCAGCAGCAGCAUGCCUCCUCCUCCGUCGAAAUCCGACAAAGAUCGAUCAUUCUCAUCGUCCGGUUCGUCGAAACGAUCGAUUUCGCCUUGCAGCACCGCCAGUAGCAGUGGUUACAGCAGUGCUUCCUCCACUCCUUCCCUGUUGGCGCAGAGGCCCAGCCCGUUACCGGUCGCUGAAAUUGUCGAAUCCCUGCCCAUGAUCUCGCCAAACUACAGGCCAAUGCCUCUGAAUCAGACCGUGAUGGAGUGCGUAUUUUCCAACAACGGGCGACCCCAGAAACGUGCCCUGACCGAGGAGGAAGCCCUCGGGCAGAGCAUGCAGUCGAAGAACAUUCGAACCAAGGUCUACUCCGGCGUAAAGAACUUCAAGGGCGAAGUGCCGACGUUGUAUAACCUGUGCAUCCGGUUGCUGCAGGAGCACAUCGAUCUGAUCGACUACACCGGAGGAAUUCCGUUCGACUUGCUGAAACCGGUGCUGGAGAGGGCCUCCCCCGAGCAACUGUUCACGCUGGAAAGCUACAAUCCCUAUCUGAUGGAGGACAGCGACGUCCUGUGGGAGCAGCACAUCAAGCGAAACUUCCGCAGCCAGAAGCGGAAGGAGGAGGAGUGCGAGUCCUGGCGGGAGAUGUUUAUCCGCUGCUCCGAGGAACGGGAGUCCAAACUGCUCAGCUUGACGGCCAACAUCAAGCAGUCCCAGGUGGAAAAGACGGCUCCGAUCCGGAAGACCCAGCUGGCCUACGUGGACUCGGCUGUCAAGCCACCUCGCAACAUCAUCAGCAAACAGGCACGCUUUGGAACGGCCCAAGCGCCGGUAGUUUCACCGGCCGCGCGAGUCGCUGCCCUUAAGAAUGGUUCCACCAACGUGGCCAAGGCGGGCGAUUCCCGCUUGAAGGUGGCUGCCGGAGCGCGUGACAACGCUCAAGUGCAAGUUUUUCAACCAACUAAACCGAGGAAAGCACCGCUGAUGUCCAAGGUCAUGCAGUCCAUCAAGGGAUUCAAGGGCUUCCGACGAUAGGAACCCACGUCGAACACACAGGAUACUGAUUUAGAGUUACAUAUUCUAGUGAAGUUUUUAUCAAUUGAAGAGAUCGAACGCGGUGGAAAGGAUCGGGGGUUGCGAACCUUACGUGGAGACAAAUUAUUGAAGAUAGGAGAAAACAAAAUACUUUGUUAACUUACUCAAAAAUAUGAAUUAUUGUAAAAAUGAUUGGAGUUGGAUCACGCUAUCGUAGUUUACACCCCUAAUCUUCUAGAGCGCAUAGGAGAGUCUUCGCCUCAAUUUGUUUUACUUUUGCGUAAUCAAAGUUGUUUAAUUUAUUCGUUUGCAUAUUUUUAGGAUCGUUUUUAUGCAAUGAAGAUGCUUAAUAAAAAGCUGCCUAGUUUAGAGUUUUCCACGUCGCCGCUUCCGAAGUGGCAAGAGAUAGUAGUGAUACACACGAUAUGUAAAUAUUUUUGCCCCUGAGUUUAAUUCUCUAGUUCAUUUCUUAGUAAAUAAUUGUAUUUAAUUGCACGGUUAAUAGAAUGUACAUAUAUUCAAUUGUAUCUAUCAACUAGGUUAGGUUCUUCCGACCUGCGCUCAUUUUUUGUUCAAAUACAACAUGUGACUGGUACAGUCAUAGUAAAAGA